UUCCCAUUGAACGAAUCCCACUGCUGAUAACAUGGCUUACUACAUUCCCGUGUGCAUAUUUCGAUAUUAUACACUAGUCAGCUCUUUACUCCUAACUGAACCUCCUUGACCUCCCCUUUCUCGUUGAAAAAAUUGUAACGAAGUAACCGCAAUGUCGACGCCCUACGACCGCGCCCUCAGCGCCAUCGACGCCGCACACGCCCUCGACCCCAACAAAAUCGAGCUCAACGGCAUCACAACGCCUUACGAACUCCACUACGCCCAAAAAUGCACCGCCUACCUCUCCCAGCGCGCCCCAAACGCAUCAGAAACCCUGCGCCUCGCCAUCCGCGCCCAGCACUUCCGCCGCUGGGAAGUGCCUCGGUCCUCGUACCCGCAAACCCGGCCCGGGUACCAUGCCUGGCGCACCUUUCUCAAAAAACGGCAGGCCGAGCUCGUUACGCAGAUCUGUCUCGAGGCCGGGUACAGCCAGGCUGAUGCUGAGCGUGUGGGCGCGCUGAUACGCAAAGAAGACCUAAAGGAAGAUGAGGAAACGCAGGUGUUGGAGGAUGUGGCGUGUCUUGUUUUUCUAGACGAUCAGUUUGACGCGUUUGAGCGGGAGCAUGAUGAGGAGAAGAUUAUUGGGAUACUGAGGAAGACAUGGGGCAAGAUGAGCGAGAGGGGGCAUGAGUUGGCGUUGGGGAUGGACAUGCCCGGGAGGAGGGGGGAGGUGCUUAAGAAGGCUUUGGGGGAGACGUAGGAUGGGAACGGUGUAAGAUGGGAAGGUAGAUUUAGGGGUUAUAUUGAUUUAGAGGGGGGGUUAUGUGGAUAUCAUUUUAAGCCGAGAGAAAUAGUACUACUGUAUUAUACGGGGUUUAAAGCUGAUUAGGCUCCGCCUUCGCGCUUUGCGUAUUCCUCUUCAAUCGCUUCUUCGUAGCGUCGCUCUGCUUCUUUUUCCUCCUCGGUCUUUUGGGUUUGGGUGGCGCUGGCUACGCUUUGUGUUGAUGGGUUUUCCACGUUUUGCGCUGUCUCUGCCGUAGUAGAGGAGGUGGUUUGUUGCGUUGAGGGCAUGGGAACAGGCAUUAUGAUCGAUUGAUUUAGUGGAUGUUGUAUAGUUGUUUUGUUGGUGAUUUAAGUGAUGAUGAGGUAAAGGUUGUGUGUCGAAGAGAAUGAUGAGUGGGAGAUGUGGAUGUGAAAGGUGCCUAUAUAGACAGGUUGCGCAACGUCAUUGUGGCGGUGCAAGUGUGGCUGGAAG